AAGCGAGCCCUUUCCUGAUGACCUGGCAUUCCUCCAUUCUCAGGCGCUGAGUCUCCCUUGGCAUCCAACGCUCGAUCGGAGCGGAUUGAUCGAAGUCCACGAUGAGUGAUGAGGUUCCCUCACCAACAGCUCGAAUGUAUUCUGUGAACAGACAGGAGUCUCCUCAGCCCGAUUUAGACCUGGAACGCCAGUCUUUACCGCACACAACAGAUGGUGCACUUGAUCCCGGAGACCUGCUCGAAGAGUGUGUAGCAUCUGGACAUGGCGUCGCUGGUGCAGAGUGUGCCUGCGAUUGUCCCUCCCACGAGCCCAACUAUACCCGAGCGGACUUCAUGGAUCCAGAGAGAAUCAAAGUCCUGUCGUGGCAAGACUCUGUGAAAAGGAAUGAUAAUGUCGAGGAUGCAAAGAUCGUCUUGAUUCAACGUCCUGACAGCUCUACCGAAGACACAUUUACGCACGACUUAGGUGUGCGCGGGGAGUUCUUCAGCGAACACGCAGCAGACACACUGCGAGAUUGGAACAUCACUGCAGAUGGCACACAUAAUUGGUGGCACAUUGCAGGUUCGAUGACCCCUGGCCCACUCAUACGAUUCCACCCGGGGGUGGGAGAAGUCGCCUGUUCCUUCUUGCCCUUCGCCGCCACUUCGAAGGAGAUAACGCUGGCUGUCGAAUCUUUUCGCCCAGCGGCUUCGGGAGAUGACUCGAUCGAGCCAGACCGUUCGAUUUAUACUGCGCAACGAGCCUUCCGAAUGCAUCGCUGUCGUUUGAUCGUUCUUUCUAGUGGUCAGUUCUUGCCUCGCUGGGAGCGACCCAGUCGAUUUGUGGUUUUCUUGUAUCGACUCAAGACCGUUGAGGUCUGGAUUACCGCACCCUUUCUGUUACCCUUCGUGCUUCUCUAUAUCUUUCUAAAGAUUGUACGGCCUUCCGCUCCUGACUUUUUCGAGAUUAUGUUCAGACGGCCAAAGCCCUUGGGUCGGCAGAGAAUAUCGAAGUCUUACCAUGAGACCACGUUCGAAAACACUAGGUGGAAAACAGAGCCGAUGCUCACACAGGUCCUAGGAAUGAGGAAACAAAUGAGUCUCUUCAAAUUCAAUUGGAACUGGGUUUCAGUGGAAAGGCAUCUUGCAAUACUGGAAAUCAUUCGAGACUUCCACUGUCGGCCUGACGCUGUUGAUUCUGACAAGAGACUGUCCGAGUGGGCGCUCUCUGCCCAUCUGAACUACUUUGCAUGGAACGAAGUUGUGCGAGGGAUCCAAGAAGAGUCGGACUGGCUGAGAGAGCAUGCCAUUGAGAGUCCUGGCCAGGAGCUACUAGCUCGUCUGAAUACCUGUCGCUCACUUUUGGCGAAAUUGAAGAAACAGUUAAGCGGAGGCCGAGACAAGAAUGAGAUUCUUGGCCUAUCUUGGCUACAAGCACAUAUGGUUGGGCUAGAGAAGCUGGACGAUGGCGUUCAGCGCGAAGAGGUCACUGUUCAAUCACAUAUGUCAGAUGGAGAGACAACAAAGGGCGCUACAGUAGCUUCGAUGGAUGAGCAGCAGUCGAACGAGAACGGCGGUGAGCCGCAAACAUCGGAUCACGCACAAGCUGACAAGGAAGCCUCUACGCUCGGCGAUCUCAAUGACGAGGAUAAUCUCACUCCACUCAAUAUCGAUCACAAGUACAUUGGAAUCAAAGCAGACCUGGAAAAGCUGGAGGACGAAGUGCAGGAGACUUUUCAACUGUUGGCAAUCAGCAUCCAGAUCAAAGACACUGGAGUGGCAAGGACACAAGCUAGGAGAGCGACAGCGUUGACUGUUAUCGCGACUAUUUACCUUCCUGCAACACUGGCAGUCGGUGCUUUCGGAGUGAAUGUUCAGUAUCUGGGUGGAGAUUUGAGUAUCAAGUGGCCGAUUAUCUUGUUCGCUGCCUUAUUUGCUCCUUCUGCUAUCGUAUUGCUAUUUUUGUUUCUGCGGGAGUGAGAGAUGCGAAGAGCAUAUAGAGCCAUCACAGAUAAAAUGUCCGGAAUAACAGCUAUGUGCUGGUAUCAUGGCACGGCUGCAGCGCUAGCAAAUGUUAUUCGACGCGCUAGCCUCAGGCGCAUCAAACUCGGCGCAGGUAAUAACUUCCGCACAUCCAAGGUACUGCGCUACUUCCUUUUCUUCGUCACAUCGAGUCUGCAUAUCGUGGUGUGAUGUCUCAGCAAAACAUCGCAACCCCGGUCCCAAUGCG